AUGGCCUCUUUCCGGAACUUAUCGAGCUCGGGAACGAUCGUACUCUUCACGCCAGUCAUCACUCCAGCCGGAUCGGGUAAGGCGUCCAAUAAGACUUCCGAAAGUGUCGACCCGUUCGAGAUCCUGGGCCGCGCAUUCAGCCGUCAUCACAGACGCAUCCGCCACGUGCCAUAUGUUCCUCGGGUCGGGUUUACCGAAACACACGAUGCCUUUCUUAGCCAGGCUGACGCUGUCAUCGUGGUCAUCUGCGAACCCGAGACAGCGAAGCAUGAAGCGCUUGGCCAUCAAGUGGACUUUGCUGAGGCAGCGCACGGCGGGCUCGAUGGCAACUAUUUUGAGCGCCCCGCGAGCAACCCCAUGAUCCUCAUCCAGUGCGGCGAUCCGAACGGGAGCUUCUGGCCUGACCUGUCCACAUUCGACAGCGUCCUGAAGUGCCGCGCCUACGAUACGGAGAUGGCGCAACAGAUAGCGCGCAAGAUCUUCAACGCUCGGAAAUAA